CGGCGAACCGCAGUGUCGACGGAACAACAGCCGGCAACGGUUCACAACCCAAGAAGUGGCAAUCCCCUCUCUCUCUCUUGUUACAAACUUGUAACAAAACCGCCGUUCUGUUCUAAAGGAGUGAGUGACAGUGUCUGGAUUUCAGGAGGGAAAACACCUGUUACGGCGGAAAAACCCAGAGACUUGGGCCGUGAUUUUGGGAGUGAAGUGCGAAGCUGGUUUUUUGGACCUGGGAUAGUUCGUCAAACGGAACGCAAGAUUUAUUUGUGAUCCGGAGUGGCUCUUUUUUAUUUAAUUCGUCGAAUCGCGACAGCUUGUGAAAAGGUCGGCCAGCCAGCGACUGUGGAAGCUCAUUUGGCUGUGCACUCACUCGGAAUAAUCUGUGCCCGACUUUGGAGCGACCAGUAGCAAGCAAACAACCAGCCAUGAAUCUGCAGCAGCAUGCACGUGCCGGACAACCCACGGCCGGCAACAGCAUCCAAACGACACCGGCCGCGCUAAUCCUCCUGCUCGGUGUCCUGCUGAUGGUGAUGGUCAGCGCUUGCAGGGCGGAUCCGGCGCUGGAAUCCGGCAGCAGCAGCCUGUUUGGCGUCGACGACAAGCACGUUGGCGACAAACGGCCGUUCUUCGUGGGCAGUCGGUACGGUCGGUCGCACAUAUACGGUGCCAAGGACAUUCGCCAGGUCAAUGUGGUCCCCCGGAAUGAUCGUUUUUUCCUGGGAUCACGUUACGGCAAAAGAUCGGACGCGCUGACCAAGGAGAUCGAAACGGACAACAACAACGGUUCGGCGGAGUUGACCUACCUGGCCUGCAUGCACACCGGAGUGUCCAAUCUGUACCGGUGCUUUGGCAAGGAGCGCGAUCCCAGCGGAUCGGCAAUCCAGCAAUACGCCGCCAACAACCUGGACUCGUCGAAUUAAGCAAUUAAUGAAGUGCAGUGUGCAGGCAGGAGACUCGCCCACCAAGUCCAAUUAUAUAUCAAAAGAACCACACUAACCAUCACACGACGAUGCUAUCAGACUAGACCCACCCUCACGCCGGCUGCUAACAAAAAAAAACAAUGGAAAAUUUAAAAAAAUAUGGAGAGACACCUUGACUUUACGUUUGAGCCUUCAUGAUUUGCGUCUCUGACUAAAACAAGAAUCACGCAUUUUUGGCUCCACUUGCUGAACAGAAGUCCAUAAAAGUUUGAAGUUUCACCCUAAUUGGUUCACGCUUUUUGUUCAUCUCGAAAAACUUCAAACGACACCAGGCUGGGAGAUUUCUGUUGAGCGAAUUCGAUGCCAAAAAGCCGCUUAAAUCUUGCGUCUAGUUUAAGGAGAAAAAAAAAAACGACGUUUCAACAAACUGUGAAAGUGCACCGAAUGAAGGCGUACGCGACUAAGCAUCUCGACUGUUUGUUUGCCAUCGAGAUGAUCUCUAUAUAUGAACGUUUAUGUAUAUUUGAUAUUUUUGAAAAUUGUUGCAAAUAAAACAAAAGAGCAAAACACAAA